UGUGUUGGUGUAAGUAGUAAAAUAACUAACUUAACAAAACGUUAGCCAGAAAAAGAGAAAAUAAUGAACAGCGUAACCAUAAUCUCUUUCAAACCAUGGAUUCCUCGCAACGUGCUUUUUCCCAAAAUCCAUUCCACACAAAAAUCCACAACAAUAGUUCGUGCGAAUCUUCAAGAUUCUCAACCACCACCAAAUUCCAUCGUCACAAACCAGCAACAACAACUCAACCUUUCCGUUCUUCGCUUCACAUUAGGGAUAGCUGGUUUUGAUGAAUCUUACUUGCCUAGAUGGAUUGGUUAUGCUUUCGCUUCACUUCUUCUCUUAAAUCACUUCCUUGGUUCUCAUUCUAUUACUAUACCUCAGCUUAGAACAGAGGUUUUGGGUCUGUCUUUAGCUUCCUUCUCAAUUGUGCUUCCUUACCUUGGUAAAUUUCUCAAGGGUGCCCAACCAGUGGAUCAAGCAACUCUCCCAGAUGGAACGCAACAAAUAUUUGUUAUGUCAACCGAUAUAGGGGAUAGUAUGAAGGAGGACCUGGCUUGGACUUCGUAUAUUUUGCUGCGUAAUACAAAUGCCAUAGCUACGCUCAUUUUUAUUCAAGGAGAAAUAUGUGCAAGGGGCUACUGGAACAUAAACGAUGAUUCAUCGAAAGAAAUUCUUCUUGGACAGUUUACGGAAAAAAUUGAAAAUGCCGGCCUCUGUGAUUUGAAGGACACCCUAUAUUUUCCACAAGAUACAGAUUCUGAAUUUCAGGAUCUGGUACCUAAAGGGACUCGCUCCCUUCUGGUGCAGCCAAUAUUACAAGUUUCUAUCAAGAGUGCUACUGAUUUACAAAAACCAGUAGGAUUUAUUCUGCUGGUCUCGACCAUGAGGUAUGCAUUUAGCGUUAAAGACAGAGCUUGGAUUGCAGCUGUGGCCAACAAGCUUAGAGGCUGAUUCGGACUUCCCUCAAAAAAGUUCAGUUCAAUUUUAUAUAAGUGGAUUGAAGAGGUAGAGUAUUUUCUGCAAUGGUGAUAAGGAGGUAACAAAAAGAAUGUGUAAGUAAUAGUAGAAGCAGAAUGACAUAAAGAAACUAAAAAAAAUCAGAAUUCAUAUAGUCAGGUACUUCCUCUUGAAUGAAAUAUAAGUAAAAAAUAUAUUUAAAAAGUUGAUAUAUUUGGUCUAGAAUGUUUCUGAUGACUAGUACCAAGUUUGGCAUGAUAUACACAUCUUUAAUAUCAUGCUUGGCGGUGUAUUAAUGCAGCUUGUUGACCAGAUGAUCAGAAGAAAUACAUUUGCCAGAAUAUGUGGAAUUAAAUUGGAUUACAAGAUUAUUCAAAAUCUCGAAAUUUUGUUUUAACUAUCAACCAUUUGAUCUUUUUAAUAUGGUUCAGGUUUGUUUGACUGUGAAUUUAGAAUUCCCUGGUUGCAAAUGAAGUGAAGUGAAAUUUUGUAUUUGAUGGAAGGCUUAUAAGGACCAAGCUGUGCAUACAUAUUCCAUUAUUUUCCAGAACCUGUAUCUCUUCUUGCCUUGUGGCACAAACAAAUGUACAAGUAAUCUUAUGAGGUAUAUCAAGAUUAAACAUUUUUGUACUAGCUUUUAUAUGUUUAUUUCACAUUUAAUUAUUUGUAUCUUUCUCUUUUGGGGAUAUCAUGCAUUUUCACAUGAGGUGCCUGUACAUGCACAUGUUUAUAAUUAUUUAACUUUUGCUUGCAAUGAUUCAUUUA